CGCGUGGCAAAACAGAACCGCGUAGUUUCUGCUCACGUCAACUCAUGCGUCGGCGUCUACUAAUUUAAGCUAACCGCAAUUUUAUGUGACACCACUUCUCAAUCGACAAUGGCCCUCAUACGGUGCAUGAACAACAGGAUUGCGUUGUUGUGCGUUGAUCUAGCCUACAUGUACGAAACGAAAGACGGUGGCGGCUAUGACAAAAUACGGCUCGCCAUUCCAGAGGCGACCACCGAGAACACUAGCGAUUGCAGGGACAGUGACGAAGAGGAAAACAACAAAUCGUCAGCGAAAACAGACAGACAGGAGGAACCCAGUUUUUCCUGCGCCAAUUUUUCACCUUGUUCGACGUACUUCAUGGCAGUGACUAACUCCAAGAGGCUGAUCGUCUGGAAGCGGCAUGGUCCUGGAAACUGGGAAGCCAUUAUUCAAAGGCACGUGGCACGCAAAUCCGUUCAGGUCCGAAUGUGUUCCACCAAGGACACUGUUCUCGUAGCUGACCGCUCUGGUGAUGUCUACUCCUUCAACUUGGAUGACACGGAAGACACUGGGGGCAAGCUCAUCGUCGGCCGUCUCUCCAUGGUGCUCGACAUGGUCAUAGGCGAGCAAGAUAACUUCCUCGCAGUCUCUGACCGUGAUGAGAAGAUUCAAGUGUCAUGCUACCCAAACUGUUACAACAUUCGCACAUUCUGCCUUGGCCAUACACAGUUUGUCACCUGUCUCACGCUGUUGCCUGGCCCACCGGAGCUCUUGGUUUCCGGCUCUGGAGACGGAACAAUCCGCACUUGGUGCCCAGAAACCGGUCGACAGUUACACCGGUACGAAGUAAGCAUCGAGAAACGAGCGGGAGACGCCAAAGACAAUGUUGAAUCUCGGAAACCUGCCGUGAAGCGGUUAGCUCUUCAGCCAUCGGGGACAACUAUGGCCUGCCUCAUUGACGAGCUUGCAGAAGUUCUUUUGCUGAGUUGGCAGGGCCUCGAAGCCGGCUGGAGUCGGCCGCAGAGCCUCGUCGUUCCAUGCACCCCCGACGAUGUCGCGUUUGACGACGACAGCCAACUUUGGGUGACCCUCACCAGUCCUCCAUCGGUGCAGCUUUUUGCACAUUCCACUGACCCAAAUGGGCAGUGGCGGCGACUGGAAGUUCCUGCCGAACUCUCGUCUGCAAGCGAGCUUCCAUGGGCACCGCUUCUCAAGGACGUCAGCUUAACGCUCUGGCAGAUCUUUCAAGGCAAGCCUGUCGUCGCCAACGGAAAUAACGGCAGCCUGUCUCAGCUCUACAAGCAGUGGUUCGACAACGAGCACAGUUAUCUAGAGAAGAAGCGACGACGCCUGGAGGAGGCCACCGCUGCCAGCGCCCCCAAGCAACUUAAGCAGGAACCCGCGCCACUCAGCUGACCACUCUGUCCAGGAAGGCAUUGCUGCAGCGCAGGCACUGUUCGUACGCGUCCUCAAAGCCCUUGCUCCCGUCGUCCUGUCCGAAAGAGUUGGAGUACGAUCAGUAAAAAAACAAAUCGAAGUCACAGAA